AUGGCGUCUCCGGAAAAAUCGAAAAAGACCAAGUCGAAACCGCCUCGCGGUCGUCCAGCGGCCACCUCUGCCAUUUCUCAACCUGCAGUGCAGGAUGCCACCACCACCACCGUUCUUCCUGCUUUCUCUUCCAACGGAAAUCUUUUCGCAUACCUCUCCCUCGCUGUUGACAAGCAUCGUUUACGCGUUUAUGACACUUCUACAAGCCAAUCCGUAGCAGAGCAUAUUUUUGAGGCAAGCAGGGCAACUUCGCUGGUAUGGGCACAGUUGCAAUUAUCCGACACGGACAAGCCAAACGUAGAGCAACCACCUAGCAAAAAGAAACGGAAGAAGGGUGUCGACACGGCACAGAUAAAGAUGGUGGAAGUCGUCCUCCUGGGUCUCUCUAAUGGCACCUUGGCUCUCUUCUCUCCCACUCAUGGCCGGGUGAUACGAACCCUCUCCGAUCCUCAAAGUACAGCUGCCAUAUUAUCAGCAAUUGUCGUAAAAAAUGCGGACAAUGUCUCUAACAUAUGGACAUCCAGUGUCGACAGCUUUAUACGGAAGUGGGAUAUGCAGAACAACGGUGUGCUUGGUUCAUGGAAAUCCGACGACCGAGUGCCCUUCUCAUUCAUGGCUCUUCGACCAUCUAGUGCGGAAGACGAACGCCAUAUCCUCGUUGCAAACCAUUCCCUUCGACUGUUAUCUUUUGAUUCCGCCGACCUGCAAGAACACAAUCAACUAGCAUCCUUUUCAGGGCAUGCAUCAGCCAUUACAGCCGUACAAUGGGAUGCCUCUCAGUCACGCUCUGACCGUUUCAUUUCUAUGGCAGAAGCGGACAGAGUAGUAUCGGUUUGGGCCGUUCCCAAAGGGAAAGCAUCAGAGGGGAAACUCACUGCUUCAAUACAACUCGACUCUGAAGCAAGAGCCAUUUCUCUUCUUCACUCUUCUGCUUCUCCCAGUCAAGUCCUUUUGAUUCUUGCCGCGUCGGGGAGAAUAUCUGUGUUCCCCAUCCCGGCAGAAUUGUCUCCGCCUACCAACUCUUCCCACAAAGUGUCAACACUACUACCGCGCUCCACACUCGCAGUACCCUCCGCAAAAAAUUCUUCCGGUGCCCAGCUCCUGGCAGCAUCUUUUGUUCAAGGACAUCCCGCUCAAAUUCGCAUAGCAAGAGUUGUGCGAGGUGUGCGACCAGUAUUUGACCUUGUCUCAUAUUUGGAUGAAUCCGGUGCAUUUAUCAAAGACGUUUCAAUUGGCGACGUCUCCGCCAGCCUUGUCACCGAAACAGCUAUGGUUAGCAACUGUUGCCUAUCGCGAUAUAAUGAGUCCUCUUCGAUGGCGGUCGGCUCUGGUGUUUCGCUUGGGCAUGAUCCGGACUUGGAUGACUUGGCUUUUGAGCAUCCCGAAGGCGAACUGGAUGUGGAUCUUGCUGAGCUCAGUCUAGGUCAACGAUUAACAGCACUCUCCGGUGCAAAUGUCCGACCUGAGGGUAGCGACGAUGAAGAAGCCUCAUCUUCCAAGCGCCACAAACCCUCAGGGAAAAAGGUACAAAAUGAUAUAUCUGUCGUCCCAGCUUCUUCCUUAACGCGGACGUUACUCCAAGCCUUACACUCGUCAGAUUCAAAGCUUAUGGAGACAUGUCUGGCACAUUCCGAUCUUGUAUUGAUACGAAAUACAGUGAAGGCUCUACCGCCUCAGUUGGCUGUUCCGUUAUUGACGGUCUGCAUGGAACGGUUAGGGAGAGGUGCAAGGGCGAGCAACAUGAAGGGCGGUGGCGGUGGGGCGGGCUCCCAACGUGGUACAACUCUGAUUGCGUGGGUGAAAACGGUGCUGGCCGUGCAUAGCGGACACUUGAUGACCAUGCCUGAUCUCGUGGCACGGCUUUCUGGUCUUCAUGCGACACUCACUGCUCGGAUAGCACUGCAGGAGAGCUUGUUGUCCCUAAGUGGGCGACUGGACAUGGUCUUAUCUCAGAUCGAGAUGCGUUCAUCUGUAGCGCCUGCGCCACUCGUUCCUAAAAAGAAAUUAGCUAAGGACAAGAACGUUAAAAGAUAUGUUGAGGGUGAAAGCGAAGACGAAGAAGAGGAGAUGGAUGUAGAAGUCGAAGUUGACAGUGGUGACGACGCCGGUAGUAUCGAAGAUGUGGAGUUGGGGGGGAGCAGUGAUGAACCGAGCGAAGAGGAGGAAGCUGAAGACAGUGAAGACGAUGAGAAUGAGGAUGAUGAUGAUGAUGCCCCAGUAGCUAAUGGAUUCAUCGACGAUGAGGCAGAGGAAUACAGCGACGAGGAGUCCGACAGUGAAUAGUUUUGAGUGUAUCUAUCUACUUUUGCUAUAUCUCAUGCUUCUUCGAUGCUCUCGAAAGAUUCCCUUUUUGUGGUGGAGAGACACCGGUUUUCUGGCGAUGAGAUCGGGU